CUUUUUUAUUUUUUUUAAAACAAUUGUUUUUAUUUUUUUACAUAGAAAUAUAUGUCAUUUUUCCUUUAUUUUUAUUUUUUGCAUUUGAAGCCUGUCCCUUUUAAAGGUUCGCUUUUUUCAAUCUCUUUAAAUGUUGGAAUGCAUUUGCUAUUUUCGGUGUUCCACGAGCACACUUGAUUUAUCUGAAGACCAUGUUGUGGUGUCGUAUGAUACAUACUUUGAAACAUGUUCAAUGUAUUUUAAGAAUAAAAAUAAAGUUUUACUUUUUUUUCUACCUGAUAUUUCACGCUGGUACAACACGGAAGCAAUAAAUGAACAUCUUGCACAAAUUAUUUCGGUUUUGUUUUUUGUUUGUUUUUUUUGCGUGCUAAGCCAGUGUAUAUUUUCUCAGUCAUUUUUAUGGCAAGGUCAUUUAAAUUCUUGAUUUUUUUUGUUCGUUGGUUUGUUUGCUGUAAGUGUCUGUGUUGACACCUGCUACUCAAUUCUCUCAAGGAUUUCACCUGAAGCUCGUGCCGCUGUGCUGCUCUGGUCUUGUAAGAAAACUUGCUGAACUGAUUCAUUCUGGCAAAUAACAAGGGAAUACCGUUGCGGUGUGUGAUAAUAUCCGGCUGUCUGUAGUAUAGUAGAACCGUUUGUGAGGCAAUCAACAAAUCAUUGCGAGCAAGUUUUAUCAUAAUAAUAGCAAACAAAAGAAUCAAGUCAAAUGUAUCCAAGACACAAAACGAAAGAAGCGCGUCCUGGCUUGCUGUAGAGAACGCUGUAAUAGUGACGCGCAUCUCCAGCAACAGUCACUGCUUCUUGGGUGUUGGGUCGGAACCCGCUGCAGCUCUGGGGGAAAGUCCGGCCUCCACCACAACAGCAACCCCAUCAAGAUGUCCCUGAAGGUACAAACCAGCAACAUCACGAACAAGAACGACCCCAAGUCCAUCAACUCCCGCGUCUUCAUCGGGAACCUCAACACGGCGGUGGUGAAGAAGUCCGAUGUGGAAACCAUCUUCUCCAAGUACGGGCGCGUGCUGGGCUGCUCCGUGCACAAGGGCUACGCCUUCAUCCAGUACGCAGGCGAGAGGCACGCCAGAGGGGCCGUGCUGGGCGAGAGCGGCCGUGUGCUCGCUGGGCAGACACUGGAUAUCAACAUGGCAGGAGAGCCCAGACCCAACAGACCCAAAGGGCUGAAGCGAUCAGCGUCAGCGCUGUACAGUGGUUAUGACUUUGACUAUGAUUACUACAGAGACGACUUCUAUGACAGGCUGUUUGAAUACCGCGGCCGCGUGUCUCCUGCCCCUCGAGCGGUCCCAGUGAAGCGCCCCCGUGUGGCUGUGCCGUUAGUGCGCAGAGUGAAGUCACUUCCUGUCAAACUAAUGACCCGAUCGGCCGCCAUCACAAACAACUCUGCAAAACAGAAAUUGAAAUCCAGUGAACUUCAAGCAAUUAAAUCAGAGCUCACCCAGAUCAAAUCCAACAUCGACGCUCUGCUGGGCAGGCUGGAGCAGAUCACAGAGGAGAAAUACUCAGCGACAGAAAUCAGGAAGACGGAGGAGAGUAAGAGCGAAGUCUCGCAGGACGACUCGGCCUCCGAAACAGAAGAGCUGACAGAGGAGCCGCUGAACGGGGACGAGUGUGAGGAGGACAUGAAUAGUGCUGAUGCUUUGCUGGACUCCCCAGCCCGAGGCUCCCGGGACUCAUCUUCGCUGACCAUCUUUAAACUAAGAAUGUGGAAAAUGUUAUAUGGAAAACAAUCACCUCUCAGAAAUGGAUGCGAUUCUACAGUAAAAGCGGGGAGUAGGAAGAGACUGUCGGCUGGAAACAAAAUGUUUUAGUACCACAGGCAUCCGAGCGAGAAAGGGGAACCGAGGGGUGCCGUCAAGUUUAACAACUUCAACGCAGGGAGAAGCGAUGGGUUGAAACGGACCACCUCGACUCCCCUGCCGUCUAAAACAAACAAACUUGAGUUCCUGCUCUCCACAAACCUGGGAACAGGACGCAGUGACAAUAAACUGUUGGAUUCAAAUAUUACUUUGAAAAGAAAAACAAAUAACAGUUUCUGGAUUACUGUUAAGCACUCUCAUAAAAGGACUGUGAUUUUAUGACUGCUGCUAAAUAUUAGAAAGUGUUCCCCUCCCUCUCGCCCCGCCAUUAUCUGCUCUGUUUUUAUUUAUAUAUACUGAUCUUAUAUAGAUAAAAUGGUAUGUUAUUUUUAAUUACUUGUGUAUAUUUUCUGCUUGCACUUUCAAGACUGCAAGAAAUCUUUAAAGACAAUGUAAAUAAACAAACAUGAACUUGUUGCCUGAACUGGUGGCGCUGCAGAAUAGAAACCAUGCGAGUUUUUAGGUGGUGUGUUUUCUAAAUUAUGAAAGGUUUCCUCCUCCCUUCUUUUUUUUUAUUCCUCUUGGGAAUAUAUUUGCAUUAGACCCAACUGCUGUUUUCCCAUCAUGAGCUGAGAAAGCACUAAGGAGACAGAUUCAUAAACAAGAACUCACUUCCACAAACCUACGCUAAGAGAGUUCACUUCAUAGGUUAAGCAUUCUUCACGGAUGUCAUUGUCACUGCUCUGUGAAGCAGACAUGUACGCUGAAUUGCAUCACACCUGACCUGCAGGAAGUCACCUGACUUGUGCUAAUUCGCUGCAUUUGUUGUAGAAUCCGUGUUCAUACGGUUGCUUGUGUUUUGAGUGGAAUAAAUACUUGGUGUUACUUC